UUAUUUAUAAAGGUGCAGAGACACAAUAGUUUGGGUAUUAUGCAUUUUACAUGCUAGUGGGCACUGUUAUGUAGAUACAUAAUGGGCACAGUUUCAUAACACAAAAGUCUCUUAACUAUUUACGAUUUUUGAUAUUUUAUUAUUUUAUAAAUAUAAUUUUGUAAAUCAAAUCUGAUAUGAUUAUUUUCCAGUUGCAGUUUAAUUUUGUGCGAUUCCAUUUAAUAAAAUAACCCAGAAUCUAUAUUUUUUUUUUGCAAUUGUCACAUUUUGCAGUUUGAAAAGCUGUGUCAUUGUGUUUAAGGCAUAAAUUUGUGAUAAAAUUCUCCUGUAAAUAAUUUUGCUCUUGAUUUUGAUUUAACCUUUAACACGAAACAAAGCUUAUUAUUUUUUACUGAGAUAAUAACGGAGUAAAAAUUUAAUUCGGUCUCGUGAAGGAACCUAAUACUUAGUUAUAAGUUAUAAAAUAUAAUAUUCAAUUUUGUGCUUUCAUAUUUCGUGUUAUAAUUGCAUUUGUGUUCAAACUUAACUUAAAAAUGUAUGAGCGAAAAAUGUUUGAGCAUUUGUGGUAUAGAAAUGUCAAUGAUACAAUGUCACAUUUUAUUACAAUAAUAAUAAUAAUGCCAAAAGAACGAAAGAGGUUAUUAAAUUUUAAUUAUACAUAAAUAUUUUUAUUUUACUUAUUUGUUGUAAUUUAUAAGAACGUUGUUCUAUUUGUUUAUCUUUUCCCGAUUAUAUUAGCGUUUAGAUAAAAUAUAAAUUUAAUUCUAAAUUUGUGAAAAUUUUAAAAUAAAUGAUAUCUAGAAACAAACUAAAUAAUGUGCGGUAUUCUUUGUUUAUUAAGUUUGGAUUUAAAUAUACCACAUAUAGUAGAAGAAUACAAAAGAAUUUUAAAAAAUCGUGGACCGGAUGUACAAAAUUGUGUUUAUGAAUGUAAUGAUUUAAUUGCUUUUUUUGGUUUCGUUUUAUGGCAACAAGGUGAACAAGUAUUCUCUCAGCCAGCCGUCUCCGAAAAGUAUGUUUUACUUUUAAACGGAGAUAUUUAUAACGCAAAUAAGCCACUAUUAAUGUCGGACACUGAAUGGCUAUCGCUAGAAUUACAGAAAUGUGAGACGGAAAACUCCAUCAUUGAAUUAAUUCGUUCAUUGAAAGGUCCUUACAGUAUAAUAUUUUAUGAUAAACAAUUAAAAUUAUUAUAUUUUGCAAGAGAUCCUCUUGGUCGUAAUUCUCUUGUAGUAGAACGUGACUUUUCUAAUAAUUUGAUAAAGAUUGCAAGUACAUCAAAUUUUUCUAACAAGAAAAACAUUCCUGCAGAAUUACCCCCUGUUGGAUUAUAUAAAUUACAUAUAGAAUAUGAAUCUAAUAAUGCAUGCUUGAAUUUGAAAAAUUUUGAGUUAUUUUCAUGGAAAUUUAUUUCACCAGAUCAGAAAGAAAGUAUAGAAAGUAUAUUUCAGAAACCUUUAAUCGAAAGUGUAGUGCCGGAAAAUCCACAUGGUAUACGCUUAGAAAUGUUAAAUAAUAGAAAGUACUUUAAUUUUUAUGAAAAAGUUCAAAAUCUUAACACAAAUGUAACAGAUAAAAUGGUUGAGCUUCUAAAAGAUGAGGAAAUAGCAUUAUGUGUUGAAGAUGUUAUAAAUUUACUUAAAUUUUCGUUGAAAGAUCGAAUUUUAAACACACCAAACUUCUGUGUGGCUUGCAUAAAAGAAAGUAGGAUGUGCAAUCAUUCAAAAAUUGGCAUACUAUUUUCAGGAGGAUUGGAUUGUUCAAUAUUAGCAAAAUUGUCAAACGAUUUUUGCAAUAAAUCGGACUCAAUUGAUUUAAUCAAUGUGGCAUUUGAAAAUGUAAAUUCUAAAAAUGAACAACAAAUCGAUUGGUAUACUCCAGAUAGAAUAACUGGUUUAAAGUCCUUUAAAGAACUAAAAGAAUUAAUGCCUGAAAGAAAAUGGAAUUUUGUGGAGGUCAAUGUUACAAGAAAAGAAUUAGAUUUAUAUUUGUCGAAAACUAUCAAGCAUUUAAUUUAUCCAUUAAACACUGUAUUGGACGAAUCUUUAGGUGCAUCAUUUUGGUUUGCUUCUAGGGGAAAAGGUGUUUUAGAAAGUGAGUUAUAUCAAACUACUUGUCGUGUUAUAUUACUGGGCAGUGGUGCAGAUGAAAUGUUUGGUGGAUACACAAGGCAUCGAAAUGCUUUUGUAAGGACUCAGGGAGAAUUUUCUACUAAAAUUAAUGCGGUACGAAAGGAAUUGAAAACGGAUUGGGAUCGAAUAGCGUUUAGAAAUUUAGGUAGAGAUGAUCGUGUGAUAGCAGAUAAUGGAAAAACAGCAAGAGCGCCAUAUAUUGAAGAAAAUUUCGUCAGUUAUAUAAAUAAUUUGGAACCAGAACAAAAAUGUUGUUUUAUAUUAGGUCAAGGUAUAGGCGAAAAACUCUUGCUAAGAUUAUGUGGUCUUAAAUUAAACUUACGCUAUAGUUCAACUUUGCAAAAGCGUGCUAUUCAAUUUGGAUCAAAAAUUGCUGACAAAAAGCAAAAUGCCACAGAUAUUUCGAAAUAUCUCUUACAUUUAGAAAAUUAA